UCUCAGUCUUUGUAUUUUUUCAUAUUUAAAAAUGAAGAAUAUAACAAUAUUUCUCACGUUGUUUGUGUUUGGUAAAUUUUUAAAGGCUUCUGAAAUAAUACAUCAAGCAGCAACUAUCGCAAAUCAAGUAUACAAAUUAAACGUCUUGACGUCUGUUGUUUGGUGGCAUUAUGACCAACAUAAUGUAACACAUUUUCUGAAAAAAUUCAAAGGUUCAAUAGUGACAGUUAAAAUUAGCUAUGAAAAUUUUAAGGAUACUAAUUUUCAUAAAACAGUUUUAUACAAACAAACUGUUUUCUUUGCUGCUGCUCCGGAUGAGUUUGAAUAUUUUGUUGAAAGAAUAAACCAAGUUAUUAUUGUUCCUAUACGCGUGAUUAUGAUUUUGUCAAAUCAAUGGACUAAUUCAGUCGAUGCUUUUACAAAAAUAGCGUGGAAAAAUGAUAUCGGUGAUAUAAUUAUAUUAAGAAUCGAUCCAAAAGGUAAAAUUAGAUAUUUAACGUAUAAACCAUAUGGAAAAGGAGCUUGUGCAAAUUAUACGGCGUUAGAUUUGAAUAUUAACAAUAGAGUUAAUAAAACUUUCUUUAUAAGGAAAUACAAGAACUUUCAUAGUUGUCCAAUUCGAGUUACGAUGCUUGAAUUCAUACCUUUCGUUCAAUUGACAAAAGAAAAUCAUACAAUUAUUGAAGUCGGUGGUGUCGACGGUAUUCUACUCAAGUUACUGCUGGAAAGAUUAAAUUCAUCAUUAGAUGCAAUUUUAUAUAAAGAUCAUAUUUCUGACACAAACAAAAACAAGACAGAUUUUCUUGAUGACUUAAGACACAACGCUGCAGAUAUAAUAAUACCCGGUCUUGUCUGGACAUCAAAAAGAUAUGCAGUUGUACAAGUGUCAUACUCAUAUAAUAGCAUAAAUGUGGUUUGGUGUAUGCCCGAACGUCGCGAAAUACACGAGUGGGCUAAAAUUCUAUUGCCUUUUAUCAAUGUAUCAACGCUACUUAUUUUGGCGGGAUUUUUCUUUAUGUUUAUCAUAAUGAAGCUCGCUAAUAGAAUCGCAAAAAAAUCUGAUAAUGAAAUAAUUUUUAGAAUGCUGAGUAUAUUCCUCGGCCAAGUUAUAAGAUAUUAUUCAAGUUAUUGGCUAAUAAAUAGCUUGUAUAACUUUUGGAUUUGGUUUUGCAUAAUUGUUCGUAUAUCAUAUCAAGGAAAUCUUAUUGAUGGAUUGCGAAAAACUAUUUUAGAACCAAAGAUAUCAUCACUGGAUGAAGCAAUGCAAGUCGUAGACGGAGUUGGAGGUUCGAUAGCAUUUCUAGAAUAUUAUCGCAAUACAUCAAUUGAAAAUAAAUUUAUAAAGUUGAAAUUGAAAAAUAUUACGAGCUACAUCAACGAUAUAGGCGCUGGAAAAAGAUUUUUGCUUGCAGUUGAUUUGUUACAAGUAAAAUUUUAUAAUCAAGCUGUACAAAUUCUCGAAGAAAACGUAACGACCAUGCCAAAAAGUUUUUAUAUGCGGCCUCGUUGGUCAGCUUCUUCUGAAAUUUCUCGUAUUAUUAGCCAUAUAGUAGAAUCCGGUCUCUACAUGAAAAUACAGAAUGAUAUAAUCUUGAAGUUAUUAUUGCGGAACGAAAAAUUAAGUAAAAUAGAUGAUUCUUUGAAACCAAUGGGAAUGGAGUUAUUGAAGUCCUGUUUCUAUGGGCUUAUUUGUAUGUACAUAAUAAGUUCGGUCGUUCUUACGAUAGAAAUUUUAUGGAGUAAGUACAAGAUAAAAAAAACAUAA